CCUGCAGGUCCCAGAAUAUGGCCGCGUUAUCAGUGUCCCGGAUGUCCCUGGUCGUCAUGGUGAUGGCGGCGGUGGUGCAGGCUGAAGGCGACAUGCCGGCGUCUGCCCGAGCUACCACGCUACCAUGCAGCUCGAGUGCCCCGAGUUCCCCCACGACGGUGGGUGAGGGUGUAACGUAUACCCUCACCUCCCCCUCCUACCCCGGCAACUUCCCCGCCUUCUCUCGCUGCGACUGGUCCUUCCAGGCGGUGGCGCCCGCUGUGCUUCGCCUGUCGUGCCCCAGAGUGAGCCUCAGCUGGUUCUCCUACCUCGUCGUCACGGAGGGCGGCAGCUCCAGCAAGAUCGGGUGCUUUCUGUGCUUCAGCCCCUUGACUGUAGAGAGGACAGUCUCGUCAGGCACUCUGACUGUUGGCUUCAGGAAUGACUUUAUCUUCAGUGCGGCUGGCUUCUCGUGUACAGUAACAGCCAUAACGAUGGAUUCUACGUGCAAAUGCGGGCUGUCUACCCCCAGCCGCAUCGUGGGGGGCACGGCGGCAUUGGGUGGAGAGUUCCCCUGGAUGGCGGGGGUCGUGCAGCGGGGGCAGGACGACAGCUUCUGCGGGGGGGCGCUCAUCAACUCCCGCUGGGUGCUGUCUGCGGCACACUGCUUCGAAAACCCAGCGACGUUAUCGCUGGACGUUCGUCUGGGCGUCCUGAACGAGGCGGUGGCCAGCGCUAAUGUCCUGCGCCGCCAAGUCCUGCAGAUCAACAACUAUCCUGGUUUCACGGGUUUGUUGACCCACCCUGGGGGCGCUACAAGUAAUGUUAAUACCUCGUGGCCAGCGUUGUUAGCUGCAUCCACCUACGCCGGCACCACCGCCGUCACCGCCGGCUGGGGGACCACGAGUUACCAAGGCACGUCCUCCAGCGUCCUCCUGAAGGUGUCGGUUCCUGUGGUAACAAACGCC